CGCAAACAAACGCGUCUCCAACACACCACCACACACCACUUGCGCCUCAACAAUCAAUGCACCACCAACCAUGGCGACAAAUCGCAAGGCCGCGCGCCAACAGCGUCUUCGGGGCGCGCAAACACGAGAACCCCAGGACAUCAACUUCGCUUUCACACUUCCCCCUGCCCCGCCAGCACCACGAACAACAAGAAGCGCAGUGACGCCAAGCUCGUCGCGAGCUGCGAGGGUAAUUCCGACUAGAGGCCGAGGAUCAUCUUCAUCGAGACGAUCUGGAAGUACGCGGAAGAGGAUCGAACAGAAAACACCAAGUGACAAUCGGGCAGAGAAGCGACAGCGGAUCGAGGUGGCAGGUGGGGAUAAAACGUCGGCGAGACGACCACCACAGGAUACCAAGACUCCAGAGCGGGAAAUAGAAGAUGAGCUCUCAUCCAUCAAUCCAGUCGCGCUCCGCAUUGAUGAAGAGGUGACGGAAAGCCCGAGAAAUGCGCCUGGAAGUGGCCGGCGACAGCAUCUUUCGUCUGAUCCAGCUGAGCGAGGGACUCCGACUAAGUUAAAGACGCCACGAGAUGCGACACGGACGAGGAAGUCGAUGCUGACAGUACCAUCGCCAGAGCUUGACGUAGUUGAUGAGAUUGAUGAGCUCUCCCCGGAUCAACCAAGGACUCGAUCUGGAGAGAAAGAGGUCGACGAACUGUCUCCGGAUCAACCAAGGACUCAACGUGGGAAGCGACAGAUUGUGGAGGAAACAUUGGAUGGCGAUGCGACGAGUUCUCGACGCCGACGAAGUGCCCUUAAAGAACUGGAUACAGUCGAACCUGCAAAGACCCCCAAUACCGAUGCAGCUAAGAAACGCCGCCGUCGAAGUUCUCGUGAGGAGCCGGACGAACUCGAAGAAGCUGGAGAUAUUCCCAGUGCCGAUGCAACAAAGAAACGCCGCCGUGGAGAUGGUCUUGAAGAACCGGAACGUGAAGAAAUAUCCAAUGCCGAUACGGCGAAGAAACGCCGCCGUCGAAGUGCUCCCAAAGAACCUAAUGCAGUGGAAAUUCCCGACACGGAUGUGGCGAAGCAGAAAUCUCGACGUCGCCGGCGCAGCGCUUUGGAAGAGGAACCGGAAGAGCGAACAUCGAAAGGUCAAGAGGUGGCCGAAGAAAUCCCCGACGUGGACGAGCAAGAGGAAGCCGAAGAAAUCCCCAUCGCCGAUGCAGCAAAGAAGCUCGUAUCCCAACGCCGCCGACGCAGUGGUCUUGAAGAGGCAGAACCAACCCGCAGCAAACGUCGGACGUCUGGGCCGCCAACCAAAGCAUCGCCAGCCAAACAACGCGCCCCGAAAACACGCAAACCUACGGGCGCAAAGAGAAGAGGGGCAGUCCCUGUCACCGCAUACCGGAUGACGCGCCAUGAUUCAGACUCGGAUGACGACAUCCUCAACCGCGCGAUUCCCUUCGCAUCUCGCAGCGGCGUCAAUGCUGUCGACGUGCUCGCGCAGGCCUGUGACGAAUUCUCUGGGAGCGCUGUCGAUGCACUGGGGCGGGGAUUGGAGGCAGCAGGUUCGACAGCGGAGAGACGCGAGUACCGAACCAAGCUGCUCGCGGUCGAGGCGUUUGCGGAGGAGGCGCGGUGGAAGCUGAUGGAGCUAACGAUCUCCCUCGAUGCGGAGUAUGCCAUGAGAAAGCGCGUUCGGGCGGUCGUGAAGGAGAAGGGGGAGCUGCGGGCGGAGUUGAUGCGGUUGAGGGCUGAGCGGGAGCAGGUUGCGUUAAAGAUGGAUGCCGCGAGGAUUCAGCAUGAGGAGGAGGGGAAGGAGAACCAGACUUUGAUAUCGCUGUCGACAACACUCCACGACGUCGCCCUCGCCGCAUCUCUCGGUCGGGACACUACAUCGGGCGAUUCUCUCGCAAAGCCACCUCUUCCUGUCGUGAUCGAUAAGGUUGCUGCGAUGGCAAGUAAUAAGAGUCUGGAGGGAGGAUUGUUGAGACGGCUAAAGGAGUUUAAUGGGUUUCUCGAGCGCGUCGCAGGUGCAGUUGAGGGGAGAUGAUUGUAUUGUUUAGAGGGAGUGUAGUUAUAGUAACGAUGACAUGAAUACAAAUGAGAUAUGC